GGGAGUCUUGACACACCAACAAAAUUCUAGAGGUCUCUCUUGUCAACUGAUAAAACCCAUUCUCAAACUGAAAUUCAUUGCUCCUAGGGUUUUAUUCUAUCUUCUACCCUCCUUCUCCAACAACUCCAUUUCCGACCAAAUAUCAUAGCAUCACUCAACUCUUAAUCCCUCCAAAUCCCAAAGUCAAAGGUCCAGAAAUGGCUACAGCUCAGCUCACAGCAUCCUCAGUUUCGGUUUCAGUCAGGAACUUGUCUUUUGAAGGGUUAAGACCUUCCACAGUCAAGUUUGCAUAUUUCGGUACUUUGAAGGCAGAUGGUGUAUCCCAACGGUUUCUACGGGCCUUGGUCGUGAAAGCUGCUACUGUGGUUGCCCCUAAGUACACUUCGAUUAAGCCCUUGGGUGAUAGGGUGCUUGUGAAGAUUAAGGUUGCAGAGGAGAAGACAGAUGGUGGAAUCUUACUUCCAACCUCUGUUCAAAGUAAGCCUCAAGGAGGUGAGGUGGUUGCUGUUGGAGAGGGAAGAACGGUUGGGAAGAACAAAUUGGACAUUUCCAUCAAGACUGGCACCCAGGUUGUUUAUUCCAAGUAUGCUGGAACUGAGGUGGAGUUCAAUGGUUCAGGUCAUCUUAUAUUGAAGGAGGAUGAUAUUGUUGGUAUACUGGAGACAGAUGAUAUCAAGGAUCUCAAGCCUUUGAAUGAUAGAGUAUUUAUAAAGGUAGCUGAAGCUGAGGAGAAGACUGCAGGAGGCUUGCUGCUGACAGAGGCAGCCAAAGAGAAACCUUCCAUUGGCACAGUAAUAGCAGUUGGACCCGGACCUCUUGAUGAGGAAGGCAAGCGGAAACCUGUAUCCGCCUCCCCAGGGAACACUGUUUUGUACUCAAAGUAUGCAGGGAAUGACUUUAAGGGCAGUGAUGGUACCAACUACAUUGCACUAAGGGCUUCCGAUGUGAUAGCAGUGCUCUCUUAAUUGUCUUGUGUGUUUUACAUGAAUCACUGAAUUUUGUGGAGCCGCCUCAAGGAUGUGGAAAUGUAGUAUUUGAACAUAGAUUGAUUGCUGCUUCACUGUUCCAAGUUGAUUUAUAGCGCAAGUUUCUUUUAUGGAAUUUCUGGCACUUGUUUAAGUUUAUUCAUUUUGGAGUGAAGCUGUGUUUGGAAAUAUUUCAGGUGCACUGGAACUAUCGGUAAUAACUUGAACAAGUCCAACCUCGGCCUUGGUACUGUUAGGAUUGUUUCCUCUUUUUAUGGGCAAAGCAUAAUGAAAAGAGAGAAUGGGAAUUUAA